AUGGAUUCCGAUGAUACAGUGGGCGAGAAGUGCGAGUUCAAGGUGUACCGGCACAUCAAGAAGAAGGAUGGAGAAAUCGCCGUCAAGGUGGUUACAAACGCCUUCGAGAGUCUCACAUUUGGAGAUGAAGACACUCCAUAUGCUCUUGUCAUCAAUCGGUAUUUGAGCGAAAAAAACCAGCUCGAGAAGAUCAGUUUGCAAAUCAACUCCAGGCAUAUUCUCAAGGUCUUUCGUGAGGUGAUCGGUUCAUACCCAACCGUUCCAUUCGAUUUCUCUUCUUCUUUCACAUUGGAAAGCCCUUUCCAGAUGCUUUUUCACCACUGGGAUGAUCUGGAUCAACGCCGUCAAUCGACCGAGGAUGUCGAAGAGCGAAUGCACUUGAAUCUUCUAUUCGAUUUCAUGGAACAUGAGAUCGGUCAUGAUAGGAGUGUCAUGCAGGCCAUGGUGCGCAAUAAGCAGAUCAAGUAUCUUAGCCUAUGGUGCAUCUUUCGUCCGGGUGACCUUGUUUUUCAAGAAUUUCUAGGUCAUCCGUGGCUUUUGAGAUGUGAAAGGACAGCAUAUGAAGAAAGUAAGGUGACGGGCCCCUACUUCGAGGUGCAUUGCGUCUAUACAGACCACGAUGGGAUCUUGGCAGGCGAAACUAAGACCGUCAUUAAUAUCUUUCAAAAAAGAAGCUUUGCUGCGGAAAACCCGGCGAAUAUCACCGAUUUGCCCGUUUAUCCUCGAAUGUUUGUUGAGGAAAGGGACGAGCUAGAAGUUCGCGUUCGCGAACGUGGUCGGAAAUUUCUCGCGCUAAAUGAAGUCUCGAUUCAACAAUAUGAUGGCCAAGCACAGUUCUUGAAGGAGCCGAGCUUUGAUUACUGGAAUCCUGAAAUGGCGGGUUUUGAAGGAGUUUGGCUUCCCCAUGCCGAGCUAGGAAGGGUUAUUGUGGAUCGCAAGACUUUCCAGGAGGACCAAUAUUCAAACGGCACCAGAGUCAACUCAACGGAACCCGAUCCUCUUCUGUGCCCACCCUACGAAUUUGGAUAUUCGCUCAGCCGCAAAGAGUGGGGUCGCUAUUUGGUUGACCAAAUGCGCCCUGUUGAGUGGAAGGAGGAUGUCUGGAAUUCUUUGAUCAUCGGGGAUCGUCAAAAGCUGGUAUUGCAAUCUCUGGUUAAUUCACACAAGUUUCCGGGGGACGCACGCGACCAAUCUCUCCAAAAAGGAAGAGGGUUGGUUAUCUUGUUGCAUGGAACGCCCGGAUCUGGUAAGACAUUGACCGCAGAGACGGCCGCCGAGGGGACCCAGAGAGCUCUGAUAAUGACCUCCCUUGGGGAACUCAACAAAUGGGACAACCCAUACGAUUUCGAGUACCGUCUUAAGAUGCUGCUUCAGUAUGCUACUCAAUGGGAGGCAGUCGUGCUGAUGGACGAGGCCGAUGUCUUUUUGGAGGCGAGAGACAACAGUGGCGACAACGCAGCAAGAAAUGCUCUUGUAGCUGUUUUUCUCAAGGCGCUGGAAUACUUCAGCGGGAUUGUGUUCCUGACAACCAAUCGUAUUACCUCAUUUGACCGAGCCAUGAAAUCACGUAUCCAUCUCGCGCUCGAGUACACCCCACCCAGAAUCGAGACUCGCCAGCAACUAUGGAUGCAGAUACUGAAGUCAAUUCCCGCCCACGAAAUCGAUCUGGAUCCCGAAGAUGCUGUCAAUACGUUUGUGUCAGAGAAAAUGAACGGUCGGGAGAUUGCCAAUGCCAUCCAUACGGCACGAACAAUCGCGCGAUUCCAGAAGAAGCCCUUAGAGAUCGCGCAUAUCGACACGGUUUUGGAUGUCUGGCGAGAGUUCGAAAACAGCUUGAAAAAGGCUUCAUCCAAAGGCCCUGGAGACAAGGGUCUGAUGAUGAUAGGCCGUACAAAUUCUAUCGUCCAUGAAGAGAAUGCUGACUUCAGGUCUUAG